AUGCAGGACCCACUGGAUCAGGAGCUCGAGCGCAUCGACAACAUGCCCAAAUUGGGCCUUCUGUGGGUGGAGUACAGUGCCUAUGCGCUGGGCGUUAAUAUUGCACCCAGGAAGCGGAGCUCCAAAUACUGUCGAGUAACUCGCUUUGUGGUCUUGAUUGUUAACCUGAGUAUCAUAUACAGUCUUAUUGCCUUCAUAAUGGAGAACUACAUGAUCUCUUUUGAGACCUACGUUGAGGCUGUUUUACUCACCUUUCAACUAAGUGUUGGCGUGGUUAAGAUGUUUCACUUUCAGAGUAAGGUUGAUUCUUGUUCCAAGCUAGUGUUUUCCACAGAGACAGGUCAGGUGCUAAAGUCCCUGGGGCUCUUUGAAUUGGAUUUGCCGAAGAAAAGGGAACUCCUGAGAGCAGUGAGCCUAAUUCUUCUGGACAAUUGGCUGAUCAUUGAUCGACAGGUCAUGUUCUUCUUCAAGAUAGUCUGCAUGCCUGUGCUGUACUACACAAUGCGACCCUACUUUCAGUACAUUUACGACUGCUAUAUUGUCAAGGAUACCUGCGAAAUGACCCUGACUUAUCCAGCCAUUGUUCCAUAUCUGCAACUGGGAAAGUUUGAAUUGCCAUCUUAUGUGAUUCGCUUCUUUCUGCUGCAAUCUGGUCCUCUGUGGUGCUUUUUUGCUGUGUUUGGUUUUAACAGCCUGUUUGUGGUCCUCACUAGAUAUGAGUCUGGUCUAAUCAAGGUCUUACGCUUUCUGGUUCAAAACUCUACCUCGGAUGUCCUGGUUCCCAGAGAUUUGAGAGUUAAAUACCUGCAGUGCUGCGUGAGGCUCUUUGCUCGCAUUUCAAACCAUCAUAAUCAAAUCGAAAACCUCUUCAAGUACAUUAUCCUGGUUCAGUGCUCUGUCAGCAGUAUUUUGAUCUGCAUGCUGCUUUACAAGAUUAGCACUGUCCUGGAAGUGGGCUGGGUGUGGAUGGGCAUGAUCAUGGUGUACUUUGUGACCAUAGCUUUGGAGAUCAGUCUGUACAAUGUGAGCGCACAGAAGGUGGAGACCCAGAGCGAACUACUGUUCUAUGAUUGGUACAACUGCAGCUGGUACAAUGAGUCCAAGGAGUUCAAGUUCAUGAUCAAAAUGAUGCUGCUUUUCUCGCGUCGAACUUUAGUUUUGAGUGUGGGUGGAUUCACCAGUCUCUCCCACAAGUUCCUCGUGCAGGUAUUUCGCUUGAGCGCCAACUUCUUUCUGCUGCUGCGAAACAUGAACAACAAAUGA